AUGUACCAUGAUUCAAAAAUUGAUGUGAAAACUCAUAAACCAGAAAUAAUUAUGGAUUAUAAUUGUACCAAAGGUGGAGUUGAUACAGUAGAUAAAAUGUGUGCGGCAUAUUCUGUCUCUAGAAUUACAAAAAGGUGGCCACUUGUAAUUUUUUAUUCUUUGAUGAAUAUUGCUGGAAUAAAUGCUCAAGUACUGUUUUCAUACUCUAAACAUAACAAUGCCCAUAAAAUGAGAAGAUUAUUUUUGAAAACAUUGGCAUUUGAUCUAAUGAAGGAACAUCUUGCUUCUCGAGCUCAAAUCUCAAGUUUACCAUCGGACACAUAA